AUGAAAGGAACUGUUACUGCUUCAUCCACUCCUGCUACUACCAUCACAUCUACUAUUAAUAGUCAAGAAACCAAUGAUAAUAAUGAUAAUAGUCAAGGGAAACAGACUUUAUCAAUAAUGCAACGCCCUUUACCGCUCGAAGUACCAUGGGUAACUACCACAAAUUUUCAUAGUUUACCAACACCUGCACCCUCACCACAACUAUUUCCUCCUUCUUCAACCACCGAAGGUUAUCCAACUCAAUCCGAAGAUGAAUUUAGCAGAACAGUUAGAAUGAGUUUUCAAAACAUGGAAAACUUGCAGAGACAGCGACUCUUGGCAGAACUUUUGAACAUUUGUAAUAACGAACAAUUGGUCUUUGUUUCAAAUUAUAUAUCUCCACGUUUGAAACGUGAUUUCUUAAAAGACCUUCCAAUAGAACUUAGUCUACAUAUAUUGUCUUUUAUUGAUGAUCCAAAAACACUUUCUAGAGCAUCAGGCGUCUCUAGUUUUUGGCAUUCACUGUUAAACGAUGAGUUCACCUGGAAAAAUUUAUGUGUGCGUCACCAUUUUAAAAGACGUAGUUCUAUGAUAAAACCAUUGCCAAAUUGUUCCUCCUCCUCCACUCCCACUCCGUCAUCAUCUUCGUCGCGUUAUAUAGUUGAAUCAAACUGGAAACAUGGUGGUAAAACACUUGUCACCCAUAUAAGUCCAGAUUCUGGUGUUGUAACUUCUUUACAGACAUGUCAAAAUUACAUAGUGGUUGGAAUGGAUAAUAAUAAAAUUCAUAUAUUUGAUGUUUCCAACGGUAAAUACAUAAAAACAUUAACAGGUCAUGAUGGUGGCGUAUGGGCUUUACAAUAUAUUGAUGAAGUAUUGGUUUCCGGUGCCGAAUGUAAACAUGUACUUCAUGGACACACAUCAACAGUCCGCUCUUUAAAAAUGAAAGAUAAAACAAUAGCUGUGAGUGGAUCUCGUGAUGCUACACUUCGAGUUUGGAAUAUUGAAGAAGGUCAUUUAAUUCAUUUACUUACUGGUCAUACUGCUAGUGUACGAUGUAUGGAGAUUUAUGGUGAUAUCGUUGUAUCCGGAAGUUAUGAUUGUAAUGCAAGGGUAUGGAAUAUAGUUACUGGUGAAUGUCUACAUGUACUUUCAGGACAUUACUCGCAAAUUUAUUCUAUUGCAUUUGAUGGCGAAAGAAUAGUCACAGGUUCGCUUGAUUCUACUGCACGUGUAUGGUCAUUCAAGACAGGAUUAAGUUUAAAUGUUUUACAAGGUCACACAUCACUUGUAGGUCAAUUACAACUUCAUGAUUCGACACUUGUGACUGGAGGAAGUGAUGGUGUCAUUCGUAUCUGGGAUUUGGAAACGAAUCGAUGUGUACAACAUAUUGCAGCACACGACAAUUCAGUAACAUGUUUACAAUUUGAUGAGAAACGUAUCGUGUCAGGAGGAAAUGACGGUCACGUAAAGUUGUGGGAUGUUGAGACCGGAGAGUUUAUUCGCGAGUUGACAACUCCAGGAAACGCUGUUUGGCGAUUAGCUUUUCAACAAACAAAAGCUGUAGUAUUAUUGCAACGUGAAAGUAGAACCAUUAUGGAAGUUCUUGAUUUCGAUUCAAAACAAUCAUUCGAUUCAUGA